AAGCACAAGACCUUGAAAACGGUACUUCUCCUCUACCAAACACAUUCUGCUAAUUGUCGAAAGCAACCAACGACUUUCGUCGAUGUAUUACUAAUUGUGUAGGAUGAAGACGUCUCCUGAAGCUUUUCUCCCGAUUCCAAUACCGCUAAACCUUGAAUAGACCAAAUUCCCAAAAUCUCAAGAAGUGCCGUCUGCUUUUUAAUGGUAUCCUCUUUGACUGUUCGCUACUCCUUGUCCAACUGUACUUUGUAAUAUAUAAAUCUGUUUUAAAUGCCUGUUUUUCAACCUCUUUGGAAGCAACUUUCGCUACGCGGACUCGUGGCCCAAACAGCACGUGUUCAAGCUUCUACGAACAUCACUGGCGUGUAUACAGGAGUUGACCCAACGGCCAACUCUCUGCAUUUAGGCAACUUGGUCGCGUUCAUGCCCUUAUUCCAUGCGUAUUUAAACGGGUUUCCGUCAUUUGCUCUGGUUGGUGAUGCCACCGCCCAACUGGGAGAUCCUACUGGUAGAACAGAAAGCCGCACACGUCUUUCGAAACGAGUAUUUUCAGAAAACACAAGCGCACUCGUGAAUCAAUUAUCGUUUCUAAGCCAACGGGUAGUAUCCUACGCCCGUUACUGCGAUUAUUCUACCACGGACACGCCCGACGAACGUAAUUGGCAUAUUGUGCAAAAUUCGUCAUGGUACUCUGGAAUGGGUUUGCUUGACUUCUUAAACAAGAUUGGCAGUACGGCUCGAGUAAACCAAAUGCUUGCUCGCGAUAGUGUCAGCAGUCGCUUACGGAGUCCAACUGGUCUCUCGUUCAGCGAGUUCACAUACCAAUUGUUGCAAGCUUACGACUUCUAUUAUCUUGCUACUCAUUCAAAUGUGAACCUACAGAUCGGUGGUAAUGACCAAUGGGGAAAUGUAACGGCGGGUGUUGAUUUUGUCCAUCGUAAGCUCGGUGACAACAAGGCAUUCGCUCUGACAACACCUCUUUUGACUACGUCAAACGGUGUCAAAUUUGGUAAAAGUACUGGAAAUGCUGUAUGGAUUGACAAAACCAAAACGGAUGCGUAUGCGCUUUAUCAGUUCUUCGUCUCCUUGCCGGAUAAAAUGAUUCCGAUACUCUUAAAACAACUUACAUUUCUGUCCGUGGAACGCAUAGGCGAGCUUGAACAGCAACAUUCCCGAAAGCCUGAGGACAGGCUGCUUCAUCGUGCGCUGGCCUCGCAUGUUGUGUAUUUUUUGCAUGGAAAGGAUGCGGUUGAUACUGCAAUUAAAGUGAGCAAUAUCCUGUAUGCUUCUAAAAGGAACGCACAAGGUUUCUACUGGCCUCCCGAGCCUGACUAUGGGAACCACUCUUUGAAAGAUCUGCUACAGAAAACCUCCGCAUUCGUAAAAAUUCCGAGAGCCAUUCAGUCGCUACCCGUAUGCAGACUUCUUAGAGAAUGUGGUUUAUUUAAUUCUCGCAAAGAGGCCAGUGAUUGCAUCGAAAAUGGAAAGGUGAUGCUCGGUAACGAAAUCUUGAAGGAUUCGAACUUGAUAACAAAUUUUCCUCCCGAGAGUCUAGUUUGUCUACGUUUUGGAAAGAAAGCCUAUGCCCUUUACUUUGCUGAGUAACAAAUUCCCCUUUUCCAGCUCUUUUGUCCGACAAGCGGUUUAAUGUAUAUUAUUACAACAUAGAAAGAAACGACGGAUUAGAGGCUUUUGAGUAAUGCCUUCGCCUUUUUUAUUUUUUCAUCCAAAACUGCCAACGGGCCUCGAUAAACUUGGCUUUUUCUUUGUAAUGGUGUUGGCGUUUCCGGCAACUGAGUAAUGUGCUUAGUAGGAGUAGAUAUUACGGAGAAAGAUCUUUCGGAGGCGAUGUCUGCAACGGGGGUCAAAAGUGAUUCAUCAGCAAGUUCGUCCGAGUAAACGUGCGAUUCAUCUUCAGAAACAAAUGCUUUUGAGUACCGCCGUCUACCAACUUUUGAUGCCUCAAUAUCACUUUGUGCAACGGAAUGCCUUUUCCGGCUUUCCCGCAGAAACUGCGAGUACCUGAAGGCAGGCGAAGGCUCUGUGCUUCUGUUACUCACAAGUGUUUCAAUGCCCUCAUCCAAUGCGACAUAUUUCGUAACGUCUAAUGACUGAACAUGUAUGGACGAGACAGCACUCCAGUCGGACUGAACCAGCUUCAUGAAUUCGAACUUCGCGGCAAUUUCAUCCAUGGAUGGCAGGUUAGUGGCCCAAAAAACGAUUAACAGAGGAAACUUUGUUGUGCUCGCCUGUGAUAGUUGUUGAAUAAAACGGUGCAAAACACUAACUGUUUCUUCCAACUUCGGACUAUUUUUAAAGACAUAUUCCAAUUGAGAGUCAGAACAUGUGAGACACUGUAGCUCUUUACUCACAUCAACAACAUAUAGGCAAGCGCCAUAGUUUGCUCGACGCAAGUCAUCAAAAACGGUAGAACACGGCAUAUACACACGAACACUUUUGUUUGUCUCGAGAAGUUGUUCCCAAAGAAAACAGCCAUUGGAAGGACGUAGACAAAGCUUAUUACACAACCAUGAAGUUAUAGAAGAAUUAGGAGAAUAACAAUAAGCUGCCAUUGUCCACUCGUCAUAAACCAUAUUCUCCGUUACCGGGUGAAGUAGUGAAGCCAGAUUAAGCGAUUUCCUCAUUUCCUUCGCCUGUCGAAUGGAAUCAUUUAAUUUCUGUGCUUCCAGGUACUCUGGUUCCAAAUGACUUCCAUCAUAGACUCUAGGUGGGUUCAUCACUUUUGUUGUCGAUUGUUGCAUUCGUGUCAUAACGUUUUCAUAAACACUGAUGUAGUGUUCCUGUUUUUCUUUUUCUUCCUGUUCUCGCUGCAGUCGUAGUUGCUUUGUCGCAUAACAGCGCUUUCCCAUAGCCAUCAUUAGUCGAAAUUUUUUCAGACAGAGGCGCCGUUGAUAAUAUUCACUGGCAUAGAUCUGUGAAGUUUCUUUCCAAACAAAUUGUUGAAGUAAUUGUAUCAGAGUUAUCAGAGAGUUUUCUGAAGCCCAUGUAUCAACAACAUUUUCAACUGCAGCGUUAACCAUCCGAGUGAGUACGUUCUGCAUAACGUUAGUCAACACUGACUGGUAAAAGUCUUCGCCUAGUUCA